GCUAGUCAGUCUGUAGGCACUUCGUCUGCUGGUGCCUUUGCUUGGCUCAACGCCUCAGGUUCAAUCUCGGCUGUCUCUUCAACCAUGUCUUCUGCAGUGUCGUCGCUCUCUAUUACACCAGCCUCGUCGUCGUCUGCCCCCCUAUUGGCAACUUCAUCGUCACCUAUACCACUCCUGGCAACCACCACUGCUGAUGCGCUGCCAACACUAGUUGCACCCAUCCCACUACAGUCACCCUCAGUGUUACCCCUCACACUGAUACCAUCUACAUCCUCUCCCUUGGUUGCAAAUGGCUUAACUGUUGCCUCGUCGUCGCUCAGUGCACAUGUAAUCACGAACAGCGCUCUACCUGUGUCUAUCACACCAACAGCAACAGUGACAUCCUCACUACCCACUCCGAUCAGUAUGGCUGCCUCGGCUGAACUCCGUUCGGACUGGCCCUCGCCUGCAAGCUUGCCAUCAGCAUCAGCAGUAAGCACUAUUGCGAAUGCGGUGCUGCAGUCUGUCGGAUCCAUUGCAAUGGUGUUCCCAAUCACCACAUCGAUUCCACUGCUCAUUGCUUCGGUCCGCCCCAGUGUGGAUGCCCAGAUCACGUCGCCAUCGGCGUUAGCCGAGGGUAUGCCAGCGCUUUCCUCGGUGGGUGCUGAGAAGGUGCUGCCGAUAUGGCAAGUUGAUUCUACUAAUUCAGCACCAGUCACUGCACCGUCUAGUAUUGCGUUGGCGAGCUCAACAGGGUCCAAACCAGCACCGCAUCUGCCAGCGGAUGACAUUUUCUCGGCCAUCCUCAUAAGUCCUACCUCAGUCGUUGGUUUGCAGUCCACAAGUGCACCGUCGGUUGACAGGGCCAGUGUACUUGCAGAGUCAGCCACACCCACUUCACCAUCAACGCCUCCAGUAGUCGAUUCCUUUGCUUCAUGGCCAUCGCCAACACCGGCUACUACGAUAUCGCUGCCGACCUCGUCAGAGCCCUCAGAAUGGUCUACUGCUGCAUUUAGUAGCUGGUCAUCAAGCCCUGCUCCUGGAGAAUGGUCAAGCCCGGCAUCAACGCAAGUGUCAUCGACACCAUCGUCAUGGUCGUCACCCGCAAUACCCUUGACAUCAUCAGUGCCGCCUGCAUCAGCAUCGGCACUGGCAUCCAGCUCGCUAUCCAGUACCAGCGCCACACCUCCCUCAGCAGUUUCUACAGAUGGUGCCCAGCUCGGCUCAGCAUCGUACAUGUUCUCAACUCGCCUGGCAAGCAAGGUCGUGCUCAACUCGAAUGACAUCAUCCAGAUAGUGGUCAGCCAUCCUACGUCCGACGAAUCUUUCCCGCAAGCGGCUCUGCAAACAACAUCAAUAACCAUGGCAGACCUCAUUGAUGCACUUUCAGGACCUACGCGAGCCACUGUUGCGGCCAGCCCUGAAGCAGCUCCCAGCCCGACACCCACCCCGGUUUCGCGGCGUGCUGGAACAGAGCUGGCGGAGAAAUCCGUUGCUGGCGAGGCAAAAGAAGCCGCCCGCGAGCUAGUUCAGCUGGCACACUCGAUUCUUUCCAACGUGCAAACAAUCUCUGCGCCUACACCAGCGACAUCGAGUGUGCGCGGCCUUGGAGCGUCCCAGGCCCGUAUGAUCCGAUCCAUGCUGAACCAAAACUUUGUAUUCCCCGAGUAUGUCCCUGCUCCUGGGGUCCCUCGGCCGACACAUGCCAAAAUCUACGCUGGUCAGGGCUAUCAAGGUGAAUGUGCUGCCCCUAGCUCACCGCCCUACAACAUCAUCAUCCGCCCUACUGUCACAAUGACUACACUCACUAACAUGACAGUCACGCAGAGCCUAGUAUCGACCACUACUACGACCACCACGACCACAACUGGGGUGACUAUUACUCCGGUACCGACCGUGAUAAGUGUUGCCAGCACGAACACAGUCACUGCAUUUGUGGCGGUUGGGGUUACUCCAACACCCACCAUAACGACGACGAUGCUGACCCUGACAAUUCCAUCCGGAGGAAGCUCUUUGACCACAACGACCACACCGACAGCGACAACACCACCGACAGCGACAACAACACCGACAGCGACAACAACACCAACUACUACAACUAGCAGCACUUCAACCACACCUUAAUUUACAGGGGCGUGCUUUAUGCUUUUCUCCAUGCUUGCUUCAUCAACGUGAGGCAGUGAGGUUUGAGCCGUCAGACCAUAUAAUAUUUGUUUCUAUAGUUUUCACUUUUCCAGAGCCCAAGCGGCUGCAAUAACUUGAGCCAGAUUGUGCUCGAAAUUCUACCAGUAUAUUUUUAAUACAUCACCAGAAUAUGCCACA